CGAAGGGCGGCGGUGGGGGAAGAGGCUGGGCAGUGGCUGCGCGCGUGCGCCGAAAAGAGCUGAGGGGCAGGCGCACCGUGGCGGGCCUGGCUUAAGCGAUUUCAGACAAGAUGCAGGACCCCAAUGCAGACACUGAGUGGAAUGACAUCUUACGCAAAAAGGGCAUCUUGCCCUCAAAGGAAAGUUUGAAAGACCUGGAAAAGGAGGCAGAAGAGGAGGAACAGCGAGUCCUUCAGCAGUCAGUUGUGAAAACAUAUGAAGAUAUGACUUUGGAAGAGCUGGAAGAAAAUGAAGACGAGUUUAAUGAGGAAGAUGAACGUGCUAUUGAAAUGUACAGGCAGCAAAGACUGGCUGAGUGGAAAGCAACUCAACUAAAGAAUAAAUUUGGAGAAGUUUUGGAGAUCUCAGGAAAGGAUUAUGUUCAAGAAGUUACUAAAGCCGGUGAGGGCUUGUGGGUAAUCUUGCACCUUUACAAACAAGGGAUUCCCCUCUGUGCCCUCAUAAAUCAGCACUUCAGUGGACUUGCCAGGAAGUUUCCUGAUGUCAAAUUUAUCAAAGCCAUUUCAACAACCUGCAUACCUAAUUAUCCUGAUAGGAAUCUGCCUACGAUAUUUGUUUACCUUGAAGGAGAUAUCAAGGCUCAAUUUAUUGGACCUCUGGUGUUUGGUGGCAUGAACCUGACAAUAGAUGAGUUGGAGUGGAAACUGUCAGAAUCUGGAGCAAUCAAGACAGAUCUGGAGGAAAACCCUAAGAAACCAAUUGAAGACACUUUGCUAUCCUCGGUGCGGUGCUCUAUCCCCACAAGAAGGAACAGUGAUUCUGAGGAUGACUAAGACUAUGGCCUCGGUAAUGUGCCAAACUUCCUUGAUGUGACAGAUCAUCUGGAUUUUUUGAAAAAGGUUAAAGUAGAAAUGUGUUUGGCUUUUAGCCUUUUAUAAUUACGUUUCAAAUCUCAUAGAUCUCAGAAAUCAUUACUGGGAAUCCUAUUACAUUUCUUGGAACUCCCUUUUUAAAUUAAUAACAUUUCCUUAAAAAAAUAAAAAUAAAAACCAGCUGCUGGUAUGACAGACGUCUAUGUUUUCCUCACUUGUAUUUUAAGCUAUAAAACUGUCUAUUCACUAUUUGUCCACAUUUAACUAUAUAGGAGGAAAUGUGGAGUGUCUUUUAAUAAUGUGAGGAGGUUUUACAGUGGAUAAUUGCAAACUAAGUUUUGUAGUCACAUUAUCAUUUAUUUUUAUUUUAUAAGGCUAGCAAUAGAAUUAUUAAAGGAAUGACUGAUAGGAAAAAUCCUAGUAUUUGUCCUAUUUAGAAGAAAUAAGCAAUAAUUUUUAUAAAACGUUGUCCUAUGAAAGCAAUAACUAAAUGAUUCCAGUUUAUUGCCAUUUUUGCUUAAAUGUUUUUUUCUAGUUAAAAUAAUUUUUGUCUCAGACUGUUGAGAUGUCAGUUAAUCCCAAUUACUGUAAAAGUCCACCUUAAAUUCUUUUUUGUAAACAGAUAAUAAACACAUAAAAUGAUAAACUAUCUCAGUCAGUAAAAAAAAUGGCAAGGUGUUUUCUGAACUAGAAUCUUAGCACUUAACCCUUGUCAAAUUGACAUUAACAGAAAAAUUAGGGGUAAUAUUUUUCUCUAAUAUUUGUGUUGAAUGAUGUAGUACUCAAUGUGGGUUUGAAUAUUAAAAAUAUGAAUUCUAGAGGGCCUGGAGUUCCUUCAGAUUAUAUUGCAAAAUUUAUUUUUGCUAUAAUUCAAAGAGUAACAACAGCUGUGACCCAUUUUGAUCUGUCAGAAGUGUCCGUGUUAGUGAAUAUUUAUUUUUCUACACACAUAAGAGCCAGUGCUGCUUUUAAAAAUGUGUUCUAUGUAACAAUUUACUUUGAAUGAUUUUUCAUGAAAUUUUAAUUGCAGGGUUGAUAUAAGCGUGGUCAGUUCUAUCACUCACAUGCCAGUUCCAUGGGUUUUGUGGGAGAGCUUCCUUCUUGGAUUUUCUAUUGUUAGCUGACAUUAAAAUGAAAUGCUGUGGGAAGAAUAAAGGUGAAAAGCUUGAGUGCUGCAUUUGCCUGAGCACUGCAACGCUCACAACUCUUGAGAGAACAGUGCUUGACCAUGGUGGGGGGUAAUACCUACUGUGAUGGAAAAUAGCAGGCUUUAUUCCACUUUGGAGCCCAUGCAGGAUGUAGUUCUAGAUACUCACUAUGCCACUUUGGUCUGUGGAAGUGUGAAAACUGCUUCAUCAUCUUGCCUCCAUGCCCGGCUAAUGCUCUUAGUGGGAGCUCAAGGAGAGCUCAGGUACCUCUGGACUUGGCUGAUGAGUGCUGUCUGGCCACAUGGCACCCAGGCCCCAGGCAGCUAUUUAGUCAUGCUGACUGAACUUGAUUUAAACAGAGAAACAUCUCUCUCCUAACAUGAGUGUUGUGAUUUAGAACGUGACCUGCAAAUUUCUACAGGUUAGUUAAUUUGGGGAGACUUUGCUGUAAUAUUUACCACUAAUUUUCUGUUUCAUGUGAGGCAUUUGUGACAUGACAGAGGGGAUACAAUUGGAUCCUUAAGCAUUGAGUUCAUCUAAUUCCACACAGGGAAAGCAAACAAGAAGGCUAUCUAGAGGCUGUCUUUCAGUGUUCAGAGGAAGGGAUUUUGGGAAAGGGUGUUAAGCAAGUGCUAGGUAGCCCUUUAUUCAGCGGUAAGAAAUGGUUCUGGAAAGUUGGGAUGAUAAUUGGGAGAAGUGAAAUGGAGUUAAGACUAUAUAAUCAAAUCAAAUUGAUUCUUCCUUAUUUUCCUCAUCUCUAGAGGAAGAAGAGGAUGUGAAUGAAUUGUAUAUGCUUAUCUCAUUGCAAACCUAAAUUUAUAUCCUCACUCCCCAAGGUUGCAGACCAUUGCUUUGGCACAUACCUGACACAGAGCUUCCAGGGUGGGUGGCUCAGAAGUACUUCAGAAAAGUUGUACUAGAGGUUGCCUGGGUGGCUCAGUCGGUUAUGACUUCAGCUCAGGUCAUGAUCUCACAGUUCAUGAGUUGGAGUCCUGCAUCGGGUGAGCUCAAGCCCUGUUUCGGGUGAGCACAAGCCCCACUCCUGGUGAGCCCUGCUCUCUCUCUGCCCCUUAUGGGAUUCUCUCUCUCUUCACCCUUGUUCACUUGCACCCUCUCUCUCUCUUAAUUAAAAAAAACAAAAAAACAAAAACAAAACCCUAGAUAUGAAAGGCACUUUUUGAGAGUUAUGAAAGGAAUGUUAAGAAGAGUGUCCUCUGUCAUCAAUGCCUAAAUUGUUUUUGUCAUUUAUUACCUCCAGCUUUAAAUUCAGUUUUCUUAUGUAAUGAGACCAGAAGUGACAAGUGCGAAUAAUCUCUCUAUAUAUUUUAUAUAAAUAUAAACAUAACAGCAUUUUUUAUACUGUUUACAUUCCCAUAGCAGGUGGUCCAGGCUUUCUGCCUUCUGCAUCCCCCUCCCACCACAAUUCAGUGACCUCCACAGGAGACCUUGUCAUUUGCAUGCUACAAGGAAUCCCCUUUGUUUCUAGUCUUAACCAUCCCAUACUUGCGCAGUGUCCUGUCUUCUCUUUCUGUUCCGUUUAGUCUCAAGUGAAGAUGUGUCUAGUCUCCAAGUUUAAACCCUCCCUUUGUGCUUUUGACUGUAUUCUCUCCCACGUUCUUAAGGACUUGUUCCAGCAGUAAAUUACCAUCUUGAUUUUAGUCUCUCCCUUGAUGUGGAGCCUCACACAGUGAAAAUGUUCAGGUUCUGUGGCAGAGACUGCUAUUUGCCUAUCAAGUAUCCAGGAAUCUCCAGUUCUACUCCAGCAGCAAUGGGACCAGCCAAAAGAUUAAACUGCCAGUCUCCUUGGAGCCAUGGAUUGCCAGAUGGAGGUGGGGAAGUUGGCUGGACAAGCCUCUUCAGAGGGACAGAUGAUUGGCAUGUGCCCUUUUUGGACUUAACACCUUACUUUCUGACAGGAGUGUAGAUGUGGUUGAAGACUACUUGGGCUAUAGGGCAUCUUUAUAGAGGAAAAGCUGUAAGGAUAAUAUUCCUGAUGACCUUGUGGAACCAGUAUAAUCCAGCUCUUGACUGCCUUCUCUGGACUUUGGUUACUGGGAAAGAAGUAACUUCCGUCUUGGUCUCUCUUAGGAGCAGCUGACACAUUUCCUGAUAAUGUCACUUGGCCAUCGCCAAAGAAAACCUCAACCAUUCUAGCUUUCUACUCACCACUUUCACCUUGCUUGAUAAAACAGAAGAACAAUCUAGAUGCUCUACCUCUACUUUAUCAAUGUUGCCUUUCAGUGAUGUCAUGAAUUAGACUUUAGGGACUUUGCAUUUCCAGUGUGUGAAGGAGUAGAUACUCUGAAUAACCUGAUAAUAACUCAAAAUGUUGGAUAAUUUUUUUUAAUGUUCUUAAAUUGUUGCUGAACUGGCAAGAAAGGAAAGCAUUCUCAGAGGUCAAAAGCAGUUUGAAUUCUCAUGUUACAUGAUGUCUAAAAACUUCUCAAAGCUGGGGUGCCUGGGUGGCGCAGUCGGUUAAGCGUCCGACUUCAGCCAGGUCACGAUCUCGCGGUCUGUGAGUUCGAGCCCCGCGUCGGGCUCUGGGCUGAUGGCUCAGAGCCUGG